AUGAGGUCGGUUAUGAUUUGUUUGACUAGGCAUGUUCGCUCUGGGGAAGCCAUCGGUGGAGCUUUGACAGGCAUAGCGAGUCCUCUAUUCAAGAAGUCUUUCUCGUUGAGAAUCGAUGCAGAAUCUGUGCAAAAGAGCCUUGAAAGCACUUUAUUGCAUGCUUAG